AUGGCGUUCGGCUUUGGCGGCGGCGGCUUUUGUCGCUUUUCGCCAUUCUGUCAGGAUGACUCUUCCACAACAUCGACCACGACGGAAACGCAGGCUCAGCAGCAGACGAUAACCUCGGAACAAUCUUCUCAGAACACCGUGGUUCAGACCAUGGUGAUCACCUCCGUUAACGACCUCACGUCCACCGCUUCCACCACCGUCAUCACCACCCUACAGACGCUGAAGCCUACUUCCCCAUCCACUCCCUCCCAACCACCCUCAGAGAAGACCGGCUCGUCGACCGGCAUUGUAAGCGCUACUUCUGCAGCCGAUCAUGCUUCAAGUACGACGUCUGGCGGCGCCGUCAUUACUUUCACCGAGACCGGGGCAGGAGCGACGGUGACUCUCAACAACCAGUCGGUACCCUCGGGCGCGCCUAAUGGCGCAGCGACCGACUCCGCUGCGCACUCCGGGAUGAACUCCGGCGAGAUCGCGGCGCUGUGCGUAGCCACUGUCGCGGUCUUGAUACUAUCCAUCAUCAUCUACCUCGCGUGGCGGAGGAGAACGCGGCACGGGCUUGAAUCCGCGCUGAGCCAUUCUCGUACGUCCCCUACGUCCGCGUUUUCACGCUACCAUGUUGGUCUCAUUGGGUCUUCGUGCAACAAAGCUUCUCCCGCGUCCAGCAACCUUCAGACACGCUCGACCGACAUCCUCCAAACCCCGCACGUGUAUGGGAUGCUCCCUGAGUAUGUUGUGCACCAGGACAUCGGCGCUAUGAACGUUGACCUCGAAGCUGGCCGCGCGCGCGCGCGGUCGGCGACGACGCUGCUCGCCCCAAGCGCGGAGUCAAAGCCGCUCGACUCACUCUCGGUGUGCUCCCCUGCGGCCGGCCCGGACGGCUCGCAUGAGCAUGAACAACGAGUGACGCCGUGCAACGAAAAAGCAGCGCUCCAUCCCGACUGGUUCAGUUCGACUGCGAGCGAGUCCACCCACGCCUCCACCGCGCACGAUGACACCGUAUCGCCCUCCCCGCGCUCGUCAACGUUCCUCCUCCGCAAUGGUUCCUUGCUCUCCAGCGCUCCUACCGUACGGUCCCCACCUGCGUCCUAUCUCGCUGGCGCGCCUUCAACAGAGUCGACCCUCAUGUUCUCGCCGAUAUCGAUCAGCGGGUUCAGCUCUUACCCCGCGUCGACCGUGACGACCUCGCCCACCGCGCUCUCCUCCGCGCCCCUCCCGCGCGCGGCUGACGUGGCGCCGCAGAUACCUUCGCGGGCAGCGUUCGCGCUCGCCUCGCUCGCAUUCUCACCUGCGUCCCCGCUCACGCCAUCGCACGCUUCCGCAAGAUCCGCCGUGCCCUUCCACGCUCUCUUUUCCUCCUCCUCACUAUCGCCGCCCCUCGCGCCGACCGCGUCCUCGUUGCCCCCGCUCCCCGAACACCCCGCCACGCAUGCGCACCCGUUCCCCUCACCCGCGUUCCCCUCCCCCUCUCCCUCAGGCUCGCCGCUUGCCCCACCACCCACUUCGCCGUACGCGUGGGAUCGGCCGCCGCCGAGCUCCGAGUACCUCCCUGGGUGGUCCAGCCGGCGCGCGACGCUGCGCUCGGUGCGCUCGACGGGCACGCGCUCGUCCGCCGGGUACCCGUCCCCGCCGUACGCGGUAGGAGACCAGGAUUUCGACCUCGCCGCGCUCGCGGCAGCGGUCGGCGCGCGGCGGUGGGACGCGGAAAGAGACGCGAGGAGCGAGCGGAGCGCGUUGCCGGCGUACAGCCAGUAUUGA